AUGUCCUCCUCCCUGGGCCAGCACUCUUGCACCCGUCCCUUUAUCUUGGCGAUUCUUCUGGUGCUGUCCACACUCCUGCUCUUCUACUCAUAUCACGCCAAUCUGAACAUUCCUUCGUUUGCCCGAUUUUUCCAAUUGAAUACAACUCUGUCAACUACACCCUCAAACGGCACUGUCAAACCUGAAGACAAUCCCACAGAUAAUCCCACUGACAAUCCCACUGACAAUCUCACAGUCCUUCUUAUCUGGACUUGGCCUUUUGGAGUCAAGUUUGACUCAAACUGCAGUGUUUUUGGCAUCGAGAAGUGCCUUUUGACAGAUGACCGAAGCCUGUACCACACCGCGGACGGUGUCUUUGUCCAUCACCGGGAUAUACAUGCAGACUUUAUAGAUCUUCGGAAAAUCCCGCGCCCUUGGUUUCAGAAAUGGGUGUGGAUGGACAUGGAAUCACCGCAAAACACAAGCCCAAUCCCAAUUUUAAGCAAUUUAUUCAACAUUACGUGCAACUACCGAGAAGAUUCCACAGUCCGAAUCCCGUACGGAUACUUGCAGAAACGCAAUGCCAGCGAACCGAUUGUUCCACUUCCAAAUAAAGACAAACUGGUGUGCUGGGUUGUAAGCAACUGGAACAACCAAUAUGCUCGAGUUCAGUAUUACAACGAACUGAAAAAGUACAUUGCAAUCAACAUUUAUGGCCGUGCGUUUCAGAAGCCGCUCUUCUGCUGA